AUGUCUAAACAUAGUAUUAAUUAUAAACGUAAUCGAAGGAAACCAAAAUGGUCUAGUCCAGGUGGAACACCUGGACCAUAUGGUCGAAUUCGACAAAAACGAGAUUUCAUUGAUAUUAAGAAAGAAAUUGAGAAGUUAAAACGAAUUAAUCGGAAAUUAAAUAAGACUGAAAUUAACAAGAAAUCAAUGGAAGGAAUGGAAUUAGAAUUUUCAUCUAAAUUAUUUGAUUAUAAUUUAAAUAAACAAACACAAAAUGAAAUGCAUUUAAAUGCAUUAUUUGAGCAGAAAAGCGAUGAAAAUAAUGCAAAUUGUGCUAAUAUAACAAAUGUAAAUCAAAAUUUUAAUUUAAAUCAAAAAUUAAAUUCAAAUCAAAAAUUAUUAAAUGAUGAAAAUUUGAUCAAAAAUUUAUCAGUGAAACAACGUGCGUAA